UUGAGUGCACAAGUGAAAAAAGGAGCACUUGAUCCUCCUAUAAAGGCGGUAUUAUCUGUUCAAAUAGUCGGUUGGAGACAUGACAGUGACCGGAGGAAACUCCCAAGGAAAUCUGUGGCUCCAACAAGUGAACCCAGAAUUAAAGUCCUUGAGAUUGGCGUGCCUUUGUGAUUCGAAAAUGCUAAUGGAUUCCAAUUAUCAGGAUGGUGAUUAUCAAAUCCUUGACCAGGACAGCUCCCCGUAUAAAGUGACCUACAGAAAUACAGAAAGAAUGGAUUAUUGUACAAACGAGGACUCCACUAAGAAGAGGGCUACAGUGAGCCGCCCUGGUCCCAACCCAGGCAGAGUGAAGCGGGUCGUGUCCUGUAAGAGGAAGACUCAUCAUCUGACAGCGGUUCGGAAGAAGGCACCUGGACCAGGGAAGCCGCAUGUGACUGCAAACAAGGAGAACCAGCAGAGCCUUAAGACAGACAUGGAACAGGGAAUAUUUAGCAUGGAUCCGUGGGAUUUGUCACAGGAUAAACACAGAACUGGAAGAACUGGUCCUGAGCCGCCUGAUUACAGUUUGCUCUCAGAGAUUAGAAAAGAUCAUACCUCCAUGACUAAUGUUCUGUUUGGGAGAAACCUGCGACUCAAAGUGGCUUUCACAUUAUGGAAUAGAAACGUGGGAGAGCUGCUUACAUAUUUCCUGAGAAUACAAGAUUUUGGAGUAUUUGUUGACUUUCUCCCAGUGAUAACCAAAAGUAUAUCUGAAGACUCACCGACAGUUUCUAUUGGCUGUUGUGUUGACCUUUUUCCAUUGGUUAAGAAAAUCCUUUCUAAUCCUUAUGAAGAAUACAUUAUAGUUGGUUUAAAGUGGAUACAUUCAGUUCUAAAAAACUGGUGGGAGGAGCUAAGAGAAAGCGGACUAAGUGGAUGCACUAAAAUGCCAUUGGAUAAGAAUUUUCAGAUCUUUAACCAACAGUUAUUGGAGCUCUGGCAUCAGGAGCCUCGAUUAAAAUCUGUGCCAGGAUCAGCUGGAGACUUGGCAAUGGCCAUUGAUUCAUUCAUUUCACAGUUACCAUGGUAACAAUGAAGACGCCUGACAAGAUAAACAAAACAAACAAAACAAAAUAAACAAGAUUUUCAAGAUAAUGGCUUUUGAAUUGUAGCCGGACAAUGUGCAAUUUUUAGAUAUGAAUGUAUUUUUAUUUCAAAUGAUGUGCAAUUGUAGUG